AAACACAGCUCCACAUCUCGGGGAAGCGAUUCGAAUUCGAGAGUGCGAUUUUCAUUCAACGAUUCGUGCACAUAUGUAUACUUAUCGUCAUCGACAUAUAACCAGCAUAAAAAAGGGGGUGAAAAAUUUAGUGCAGUCGAUGAAUUGUCGCCGCGGACUGAAGUGAGUGAUUCUGCUGUGCUGGUCCAGCCAGAGAGAAAAAAAAUCUACUAAAGCAAACGCCAAUAAUCUCGAUUGUAUCCGCUUCUAAGCAAUCGGCAUCCACCAUCGGGUAAGGGAACCGGAAAUGAUGGACGGCUGCUGUUGGCGUAAUCAUUUGGAUUAGCGGCGUGCCUGUCUACUGCAUUACCGCACACACCAGUUUCUGUUUUUCUAUCGUCAACACUUUUCCUCCUGUAUCUGUCAUGGUUUUCCUGUCAUCGCCGAUGUAAGAACGGUUCUGGUUCCGGUUUUCCAAUUUCGUUCUUCUGUCUGACUGCUGUCUACGAAUUCUUAACCCUGUCGACUUGUCAUUUUGUCAUCUAAACUUGCAUCGAUUACUGAAACGAGUGACACCGGAUAAAUUUUUGUGAGCGAGCGCGCGGGGGCGUGAAGGUUAGGCUUAGAGGAGAAGCGAAAUUAGAAUCUGCCUUGAAAGAUGGGGGUCAAGUUACGAUUUUCACCGCGACAGAUUUACGGUUUUGUGGCCUACGCCGGGCUGAUGGUGUUUUUGUUGUGGCCCGGGCGUUUUGCCAGCCGGUACGAGUACAUUGAGGGUGAAGAAAUCUACGACCAGCUCGUCCGGAAGACCACCAAAAAUGUCAGCCUGAUGCGUAACGGAGUCCGUUGCGAUUACAGCGACGUGAUCGAAGAAAACGUGUACCUAUAUCGGAGGCCUUUCACCGAAGAAAUUAUCAACAACAAUAUCCGACUGGGUGGCGAAUGGUACCCGGAAGAUUGUCUUCCCAGUUUUAGUACGGCCGUCAUUAUUCCGUACCGGCAGCGGGAACAGCAGCUGAAUCAGUUCCUGAUUUACAUGCACAACUUCCUUCGGAGGCAAAGGAUUCACUAUCGGAUUUUCAUAAUAGAACAGUACGAUCCGAAACCGUUCAACCGGGCUAAGCUGUUCAAUAUUGGAGCCCUGAUUGCCAUGAAGCUCGAUUACCCAUGCCUCGUCAUGCAGGAUGUGGAUCUAUUGCCACUGCAUCUGGGUCAUCUGUACGCCUGCAGUCAGCAACCCAGGCACAUGUGUUCCAGUCUCGAUGUGUUCCGGUAUAAUCUGCCCUACAAGGGCCUUUUCGGAGGGGCCAUAGCAAUUCAGAGCCAACAGUUUCUUAAGGUGAACGGCAUGUCCAACAUGUUCAGCGGUUGGGGUGGGGAAGAUGACGAUUUCUAUGCCCGGCUCCAGAACAAGGAAAUCGACAUCUGUCGGUUCAGCCCGGACUUCAGCCGCUACACGAUGCUGAAGCACCACAAGGAGACACCGAACAAAGACCGGGUUGCUUUCCUUCGCAAUGGGCACCUGAGAUACCACACGGAUGGUUUGAACUCGCUAGUGUAUAAGGAAGUCGGUUUUAAGAUGCACAAUUUGUUUACGCACGUGCUCGUCGAGACGUAGGUCGUGAUUUUUGCGGACCAUGUGAGGCAUGAAUUGUGAUAGAAUUUUGUGAUUUAGCUGCUACAAUUAUUAGCCCCGAGCAAACGAUUUCGGUACUCUUUUUCGGAUGUUCCAUCGACUGAAACACUUCCGGUAAACGAUUUGAUUUUGAAUCCUGACAUAUGUAUGGAAGAGGCAGUCUUUCAGUUGCAUCAAAUUUGUUUAAAGUAACAACACUGCUAUCUAUUUUUGAAAUUGUCACAAUUUUUUACAGAUAUCCUGUGUUAAAAAGUUGAAAUUUGCUUCCCGAAUUAGGCAAACACAUAUUUAGUUUAAAUGGUAUUUCAAUAUUGAUAAGGCUUCAAAAUUCUUAUUUUGUCAGUUGUGAAUCCUUAUUUAUAGGCAUAAAUUUCUCAAACCUUUGUUCUCAAAAUUUAAUUUCACACUUUAAAAGUUAUCCACUUGACAUCAGUUUAGUUAUAGACAAAAUAAGUCUCCAGAAAAAAAACAGAUUUUCAGAGAAGCUAUUAAAAUAAAAAAAAACUUUAUGGCAAGCGUUGAUACAAAAUUUGCAGAGUUUGAAUUUAAAAUCUCCGGCGUUGACCUAGAUUGAUGAUUGAUUUAUUUUCAACUGAAUCAGAUUAAUCUGAUGAGCCUAAAACUCCACAAAGUAAAAAACUAACAAAAUAGGCUUUCAUGUUGAAUUUGUUGCCCUGAUAUGCUUCAGAUCUUAUGGAACAUUCGAUCGCAACCAAUUGGAUUUUUUCCAAGGCUUCAAGACCCGAAGGUUGUUAAUCUAGUUCAGUUAAUAGGUGUGAGUCAAAAAUGUUCUAGGUCAACAGUAAAGCUAUUCGCAUGUUCUACCCUCUAGGUAUAAUCGCGGAGUUGUAUCCCCAAUAUUAAACCGAUAGGUCAAUAAUUUUCAAGUGGUAUUAAUUACACAUUUAAAUACACAGUCAAUUGGCUGUUGAAGUACUGACGAGGAUUUAACUGGUACCUUUAUACCGGAUCACAUAAUUCGAUAGAGACGAAAAUACCAAGUGUGAUAACAGCAGCAAAUUAUAUACGCUGAUAGCGAGCGCCAUACGAUAAGCGUACCGACUCUAUUUUGACUUGAUAGGUAGUAAACAAUAAUCGAAUGCUGAUAAAAGGUAAAAGUACGCACACGACGCGAACAGGGAGACGAGUGCUGAUUGAUUUAUAACCGAUCGCUAAAUGCUUACCAAAAAGCAAUAAAUAACGAUAUUGUUUUAGUGUUUUCUAUGUAGUAUGUUCAGCAGGUUUUAUCUUGAAAUUUUAAUCCACUUGAAGCUAAUGGCCCAUUUGAUUUUAUGAUUUGAAUCUUAUUAAUAUCGUCAUCGGCUGGAAACCAACAACGCUUGAUUACAAACGCCAUAAGAGUGUUUGUUAAAUCAUUUAUUCUGAAAAUUUAUUCCACUAGUACGCAGUACAUUUUUAGUCUAGUUUUAACCAUACCUUUUAAGUAUCUUAUUACCGACUUACUUAUUCACUCUAGUCCACUGUAAGAUAAGUUGAUCCCAAACGGGUCCUUUAAAAUAAUAAACCUAUUUGACUAGUAGAUUUUGAGAAUCUUGUUGUUCAGUUGUUAGUUGCCUUAUUUCACAAACCCGUAGCUCGUAAGUAGGAUAUACAAAUUUGCGGUAACCGUAAAAUCAAUUGUUAAAGAAAUAGGUAACUACAACAACACUCACUCUAAUCUAUAGACAGAGAAAAACACGCCCAAGUUAAACUCUUCUUAUGCUUGAAAGUAAUCUAGACCAGUCACAACUACACUACUGUUUUAAAAUGUUCUCCCUUUUCUCCAUAUAAGUAUAUAGAAGGACUUAAAAAUGUUGUCGCUCAUUUUUCGGUGCACUCCAUAGAAAGUUUCUUCGAUAGUCGUCGAAACUUAUAGUCGCAGCAGCAUACUUUCAACACACUUUAAACAGAAAACUUAACUUUUUCGCUCUUGAAGAUAAACCUAUAAUAGUACUUAUAGACUUACGUUCAGAGGCUUAAUAAAGCUAAUACAUUUUAUAAAGUAAAAAUGAUAAAAAAUACAAACAGUUUUCCAGCUGAAGAAGUAACGUGUAGCUUAAAAUUGUUAUAAAAAAUUGUAGGAGAAUGAAGAUACCAGCUUCACUCAAGUGGUCGAAUUUUGAAACACAUUGUUGAACCGUUAGCUUCACCUGCGGGUUGAGAUCAGAACUAAAAAAAACAUUGUUUUUCCGAGCCUAGCAAGAUACCUAAGAAUAAAUGUAAAAAUAUUAAAAAACAAAA